AGAGAGAGUUCUCCCAAUUAGAGGGCUAUGGGCUCCCUGCAGUGGGGGCUUCUGCUCAGCUGCCUGGGCUAUGGAAUCUUGCCUGGAGUCUGGGCUCAGUUCCCCCGGGUCUGCAUGACAGUGGGCAGCCUGGUAAAUAAGGAGUGCUGCCCGUCCCUGGGCGCAGAGCUGGCCAACAUCUGUGGCUCUCAGGAGGGCCGGGGUCAGUGCACGGAGGUGCAAGCGGACACCAGGCCCUGGAGUGGUCCUUACCUCCUGCGGAACCAGGAUGACCGUGAGCAGUGGCCAAGAAAGUUCUUCAACCGGACCUGCAAGUGCACAGGACACUUUGCUGGCUACAAUUGUGCAGAAUGCAAGUUUGGCUGGACGGGCCCCAACUGCGAUCAGAAGAAAACUCCUGUUGUCCGGAAGGAUAUCCAUUCCUUGACUUCUCAGGAGAGGGAGCAGUUCUUGGGUGCCCUAGACCUCGCCAAGAAGACCCCACACCCUGACUAUGUGAUCACUACUCAACACUGGCUGGGCCUGCUCGGGCCCAACGGGACUCAGCCACAGAUCGCCAACUGCAGCAUAUACGACUUUUUUGUGUGGCUCCAUUAUUAUUCUGUGAGAGACACGUUAUUAGGACCAGGGCGCCCCUACAAGGCCAUCGAUUUCUCACACCAAGGGCCUGCCUUUGUUACCUGGCACCGGUACCAUUUGUUGUGGCUGGAAAGAGAUCUCCAGCGACUCAUUGGCAAUGAGUCCUUCGCUUUGCCCUACUGGAACUUUGGCACUGGGAAGAAUGAGUGUGAUGUGUGUACAGAUCAGCUCUUUGGGGCAGCACGACCAGAGGAUCCAACCCUGAUUAGUCAGAAUUCAAGAUUCUCCAGCUGGGAAAUUGUCUGUGACAGCUUGGAUGACUACAAUCGUCGAGUCACCCUGUGUAAUGGAACCUAUGAAGGUUCUCUAAGAAGAAAUAGAGUGGGAAGAAAUAAUGAGAAAUUGCCAACCUUAAAAAACAUACAAGAUUGUCUGUCUCUCCAGAAGUUUGACAACCCUCCUUUCUUCCAGAACUCUACCUUCAGUUUCAGGAAUGCUCUGGAAGGGUUUGAUAGAGCAGACGGGACCCUGGAUUCUCAAAUGAUGAACCUUCACAACUUGGUUCACUCUUUCAACGGGACAAAUGCUUUGCCACAUUCAGCUGCCAAUGAUCCCAUUUUUGUGGUCCUUCAUUCCUUUACUGAUGCCAUCUUUGAUGAGUGGAUGAAAAGGUUUAAGCCCCCCGCAGAUGCCUGGCCUGAAGAGCUGGCACCCAUUGGUCACAAUCGGAUGUAUAACAUGGUUCCUUUCUUCCCUCCGGUGACUAAUGAAGAACUCUUUUUAAACACAGACCAACUUGGCUAUCGCUAUGCCGUUCAUCUGCCAGUUGAAGAAACUCCAGGUUGGAACACAACCAUCUCAGUGGUUAUAGGAAUGCUGAUGGCUUUGGUUGUUUUUUUGGUGCUACUUGUCUUUCUUCAAUAUAGAAGACUUCAAAAAGGAUAUACACCCCUAAUGGAGACACAUUUAAGUAACAAAAGAUACACGGAAGAAUCCUAUGGUGCUUGUGCCUUACACUAG